AUGAACGGCGGAGAAAGGCUUGCGUGUCAACAGUGCCGUUCACGGCAUCUGAGAUGCGAUCGCAAGAGGCCAAGAUGCUCCCGGUGUCUCAAGGAUGAUGUCGAUUGUGUGAGCCGGGCCGAGCUCCCCGAGCAGCCGAAGAAGAAGGCAAGGCUCGCCAAUCCAUCCAAACAUCAACCACAGUUUCCUGCCGACCAGCCAUGGUUUCGAGUCAAAAAGGCACUAGUGUUCAUUGACGAGAAUGAAUCAACAAUCUUCGGAACUGGGCAAGUCCUGGACUUCGAAGAGGAAACAGAAGAUCCGACGCAGCUAAUAGGAGAGACAUCUGACCAUGCUUCCACUUCAAACAUUGGGACGGCACCUACAGGGAAUCACGAUCAAACAACAGACUACAUACAGGCUUCAGAAGAGCCUAUUGAGCCCGCUGGAGACCCUCACCAACCUCAGGCGACAAUACGCUUUGAGACGCUCGUUGAGGCAGCUGCUGAGUGUAGAGCUGAGCGCUCACAUAGCGCUCCGACAGAUCUCGCUACGGAGCCCAUAGCUGACACGGCCUUCCCAACGUCAACAAGUGGCAUAUCACCACCCAUAUUCGAAUUCGCGCUGGAUGGUGGGACCUCGUCAUCCCACACCUCUCUUCAUCAAAGUCGAUUGUCAGAGCGUAACGAUGCCUUGUCACCACACAACUUCCGAUCCUUUGGGUCGCCCCGAGAUCCUUCUACAGGCCGUACCUCCACCAUCUCUCCGGAAGCGGCCUUCUCUUUACCUACAACGCCUAUAUUGUCCGCACACGAAGGCCGGCUGAUGCAACACUUUAUCGAGCAUCUCGCACCUAGCAUCGAUGUGUGCAGUCAAGAGCAGAUUUUUGGACGACUUGUCCCACGGAUGGCUUUCUUGUCGCCUAUUCUACUCACAGCCAUCUUUGCGGUUGCCUCAAAGCAUAUAUCUAAGACGAUAGAGAUGACCGAUCCGACCCCAGAGUGCUACUUCCAGGAAACUCUGGACCAUCUGAUACCUGUAUUGAACGAGCCUGAUGCGCUUGUCGAGGAUUAUGUGCUGGCUGCAGUAGUGAUCUUGAGAGUCAUGGAAGAGAUGGACAUUUCACUCUCCGGAUACGAUCAACAGAGCCAUCUGCCCGCAAUACAUGCUCUCAUCAGUGCACAAGAGCGAUUUGCCACUCGAGGUGGUCUCCGACAAGCAGCUUGGUGGGUAGGGUUUCGCCAAGAGAUGGUCGUCGCCUUCAUCAACCAAAGACCGAUUGUGCCUGUAUUGGAGCAUUGUAACCUGGACCGAUCAUUCUCAGCAGCGGAUGAUUGCACUUGGACCAACCGGAUCAUCGUACAUUGCGCAGAUGUUAUAAACCAUUGCUUUCAAAAUGGCUCGCUCGAUCAACAAACCUAUCAAGCACUUCGAGAUUACGGAGAAGCCUGGAUGGCCCACAAGCCUCGAUCUUUCAAUCCCAUAUUCCAGUCGCAGCCUUCAGGGAUGGGAUCGUCGUUCACAAAAACCUGGUACGCCGGUGAUACUAUCGCUAAGGGCAUUCAGCACUACCAUCUGUCGAAAAUACUACUUGUCGCUCACGACCCAAACAUACCAAGACUGGGGCUUCAAAGGAAGGCAUUUGAGCAUACCGUUGACGAUCAACUAAGGUCUCACGCGAGAACCCUCUGCGGUAUUGCCCAGGGUGGUUGCAAGACAGCAGCCAUAUGGGUCACCACAUGCAUGGGUAUAUCAUGGUGUGGAGAUCGAUUUACCUCUCGCGCAGAGCAAGAAGAGUUGCUUGAGAUUUUGAGAUACACCGACAGAGUUCAUGCUCGACAUACUCUGUCUACGCAAAAGCACCUCAUACAAGCAUGGGACUGGCCUAUAAGCACCUGA